AUAUUUUAGAAAAAAAAACACUAUACAACAGCCAAUUAAAAUCAGCUUGUAUUCAAAACAAUGAUACGAACUAUUUACUGCCAUUUUUGGCGUGCUUUGGCUGGUAGUUUGAUUGGCUGAUGUGCCUACUUAGGACGGGUCCUGAGGGGCACCGUCUAAAAAUGGCCGAGCAAUUCCGAAUGACUUCAUUAUGGCCCUGAUAGUUGAUGAUCGAAAAACAAGAAAGAAGAGAACUGUUGCCUGCUGCCAUUACCAUAUACACACGGAAACGUUUUAUAGCUCGUGUCUAUCUUUUUAUCGCUUUUGCGUGUCGUUUUAUUGUUGCUCAAGGGGACAGAGAACAAUUUAGCAACUACACAAAUGCAAAAGGGAGCUGUCACAAUCGCAGUGGUCUUAUUACACAGGAAAUGCUUACAUUCAGUGGAUUAAUCAACAUUACAUGUGAACUUGGUCUAAACGACGAUGUGUUAAAGGACGGGAAUUCUGUAUGGGUAAAAGGGCGGGCGCAAAAAGGACCCUAUCUAACUCUCUAUACUUGCAUGAGGUUUAAAAACCAGGAUAAAAACAGUUUUGCAGGAAACAUGACAUUCUAUUCUAACAUCCUUUACGAAUGUAGCUUGUUCUGUGAUCAGGUUUUACACUCGAUUGGAUAUCUUGGGAUUUACAAUGAUUCAUGUAUAUGCAUGUAUGAUUCAUUCAGAUUUCCACAUACACCGGAAUGUUUAGGAAAUGAUUUUACGGAUAUACACAAGGGGAUAAUCGUUUUCAGACUGAUUGGAAACAUGCAGUUUGAUGUCCAAUCAAAAUCAGCAAAUUUCAACUGCCUUGGGGCUUCUUUUCAGGAUAGUGGAACAACAUCGUACUAUAACACUAAAUGUGCGUCUAUGUUAUAUAGCAUAUGCACACAACGUGUUGAUAGUGAUCUUAGUAACGAAUGUGUACCAAGGCAUGAAGAAUUUUGUUUUAACGAAGAAAACAAUACAUUCCUUGAGCAUUACCGGAAAUGCUGGCUGAAGAAUGGAACCCUUAUCCCGUUUAAUUCAGGAAUACCAAAAUAUAUAAAUUCUUCAGUAAUGCUAGGCAGUUUCCGAACUUUCAGAGCUAUUGAAGAUGAUGGCGAAAACAAGAAUAAUGUUUCCUGGUCAUGUUUAUCAAUCACAAGAAACAAUGGAACCAUUUAUAUGGAGACAGAAAAUUGUUCAAAUGAAAAUGAAUUCAUAUGUAUGGAUGAUAUACAAGGAUCUGAGACAAAGGAUGGUGGAAAACCAAAUACUGACACACUUAGUUACGGUUUGAUAAGUGCAGUUGCUAUUUGUGGGGUAUUAAUUGUGCUAUGUAUCUUGCUGAUACUGCUGAAGAUAACGAAAGUACAUAAAAACACAUGUUUUUCAUAUAAACCCGCCUCUAGGUCUGAUGAUAAUAUCUCAUCACGUUCUACGGAAUUAGAAUAGGCAAAAUAAUACAAUCAUUGACAAGCAUUGGAAAACACGGCACGACAAAGAUUAUGAUACUUACGAUUACUGGAUUCGCCAAAGUUCAAAGAAGACAGGAAAAUCAUAUUUGGGAAAUGGCAUGAUUUUUAAAAUGUUCAUUAUAUUUUUGUUUAGACAUUUUAAUUAAUAUGUACGAUAAACAAUCUGUUCAUGGUGUAAACAUGUAAACAAAAGAUAUAUUAUAUUUUUGUGUUAAAUGUAUUUAAGAGCAAUUUCAAGUCGUGUAGUAGAGCCUUUAAUUUGAUAAAACUAUUCUUUCUAGAUGUAAACAUUUAACACAAAAAUAUAAUAUAUAACAUGAUUUUCUGCUUAUAUUAUUAUUUUAUGAAUAUACUUAUAUGAAGGUAUAUAUGGAAGCCACUGCUUCAGAAUCAGGAAUUUGGAAAAUAAAAUGCUCUUACAGAA